GUAACCUGGCUGUAAUACUCUUCUGGAAAUUGGUAUAUUUUUGAGAAUUGCUGGAUAGACGGUGUAUGAGGUCGUGCUGGCAAUGACAAACAUGUGGACACUACUUCUAUUGCCUUUUUUCGCCAUGCUUCAGGUCCCUUAUGCUUGGUGUUGGAGUCCUCAAGAUAGAGUACUUUUGAGGGAUAUUCAGACAAUUACUCUGUAUGCUGACCGAUAUACCAAUGCCCGCCGCUCCGCUCCUGUGCCACAACUGAAGUGUAUUGGUGGGAAUGCAGGCUGUCAUGCAAUGGUGCCACAGGUAGUACAGUGUCACAACCGAGGAUGGGAUGGCUUGGAUGUUCAGUGGGAAUGCAGAGUGGACAUGGACAAUUCAUAUCGAUUUGGUAAAGUGGAAGUAAGCUGCGAAGGCUUUGACUUCCCAGAAGAUCCAUAUGUUCUCCGUGGCUCCUGUGGGUUAGAGUAUACUCUUGAGCUCACAGAGGAAGGCAGAAAGAGAACACAAGAUGGGUACAGAAGUGCUGGCUUUGGCUCAGGCUAUUUCCAAAGCAAUUCACAAAGCUGGGAUUCCAAAACAGAUGGCAGCAGUGCAAUUGUUCUCAUAUUUAUAGUCAUACUUGCUUAUGGAGUGUACAAGCUAUUCCUGAGUGGCCCAUCAGUGCAGCAACACCCUCGACCUGAUGAGUAUGGAUAUGAUCAUCAAAGUCAGACUCAUUCUAGUGCUCCUCCACCUGGCUUCAAGUCAGACUUCACAGGCUUUUCCUCAGGUUAUGGUACCGGUCAUGUGAAUCAGGGACCUGGGUUUUGGACAGGUCUUGGAACAGGAGGUGUAUUGGGAUACCUAUUUGGUAACCGAAGAGCUCAGCCAUACCAGUCACCAUACUUCAACACUUGGACUGGUCCUUCCCAUUCAGAAUCAAUGCAUCAAAAUGACAGGCCACCACAGAGCUCAGGUGUCCGGACAGCUUCAGGAUUUGGAGGAACCAAAAGAAGAUAGAAUAUUUAUUUCAAGUGAAAAUAAACACACCCUGGGUUGGAGUGCAUUUUAUUUAAUUACAAUGUUUAAAUGCUUUUCUGAUUAGUGCUAGCCAAUUUCCUUUUACUAAAAAUAUGCAAACUUGUUUUGGUGCUUUGAACGGUAUGAAGAUGAUCUGAAGCUGUUGUACCAGAAUACUCUGUUAUAGCUUGAAUAUCAGCCUUGGAGGGAAUGUCAACCCCCCAAAAAUUGUUUGCUCAAUAAAAGAAAAUAUAAUUUUAAGCAA